AUGUCUUCCUACGUAGGAGCUCUCGACCAGGGUACCACCUCCACCCGUUUCAUUCUCUUUUCGCCUGACGGCAAGCCCGUGGCAUCCCACCAGAUCGAAUUCACCCAGAUCUACCCCCACCCCGGAUGGGUGGAGCACGACCCCGAGGAGCUCGUGAGCUCGUGUCUGGAGUGCAUGUCGUCGGUGGCCAAGGAAAUGCGAACCCAGGGCAUCAAGGUGGCCGACGUGAAGGCGAUCGGAAUCACCAACCAGCGAGAAACCACCGUGCUUUGGGACAUUGAGACCGGCCAGCCCCUGUACAACGCCAUUGUGUGGUCCGACGCCCGAACCGGCGACACCGUCAAGAAGCUCGAGGCCCAGCCCGGCGCUGACGAAAUCCCCAAGCUCUGUGGCCUGCCCCUGUCCACCUACUUUGCCGGAGUCAAGGUCCGAUGGAUCCUGGAUAACGUCAAGGAGGCCCGAGAGUGCUACGAUCGAGGCAAGCUGGCCUUCUCCACCAUCGACUCGUGGCUGCUCUACAACCUCACGGGCGGCCUCAACGGCGGCGCCCACAUCACCGACACCUCCAACGCCUCCCGGUCCAUGUUCAUGAACAUUGAGACCCUCAAGUACGACGAGAAGCUCAUCAAGUUCUUUGGCGUCGAGAAGCUCAUUCUCCCCAAGAUUGUCUCGUCCGCCGAGGUCUACGGCCGAAUCGGAACCGGCCCCUUCGCCAACAUCCCCCUGGCCGGCUGUCUCGGUGACCAGUCCGCCGCCCUCGUCGGCCAGAAGGCCUUUGAGCCCGGCCAGGCCAAGAACACAUAUGGAACCGGCUGCUUCCUGCUCUACAACGCCGGCGAGAAGCCCAUCAUCUCCAACAACGGCCUGCUGACCACCGUCGGCUACCACUUCAAGGGCCAGAAGCCCGUCUACGCUCUGGAGGGCUCCAUCUCCGUCGCCGGCUCGUGCAUCAAGUGGCUGCGAGACAACAUUGGUCUCAUUGAGUCUUCCGAGCAGAUUGGAGAGCUUGCCUCCCAGGUCGACGACUCUGCCGGCGUGGUGUUUGUCACCGCUCUGUCCGGCCUGUUUGCCCCCUACUGGCGAACCGACGCCCGAGGCACCAUUCUGGGUCUCACUCAGUUCACCACCAAGGCCCACAUUUGCCGAGCCGCCCUGGAGGCUACUUGUUUCCAGACCCGGGCCAUUCUCGACGCCAUGGCCAAGGACUCUGGUAAGCCCUUCACCAAGCUGCGAGUCGACGGAGGAAUGACCAACUCGGACAUUGCUAUGCAGAUCCAGGCCGACAUUCUUGGCAUUGAGGUCGAGCGACCCGCCAUGCGAGAGACCACCGCUCUGGGUGCCGCCAUUGCUGCCGGCUUUGCCGUUGGCGUGUGGAAGUCCAUUGAGGAUCUUAAGGACAUCAACACCGAGGGCAUGACCGAGUUUGCUUCCAAGACCAACGAGGAGGAGCGGGCCGCCAUGAUGAAGCAGUGGAACCGGGGCAUUGAGCGAGCUGUUGGCUGGCUUGAGUAA